GAUGGUGAGUUAAGAAUCUAAAUAAAUGAUCUCGAAUUUUUCUUCGUGCUUUGUGUCCUCGGUAACUAGAUUUACUCCAAAAAUGGUAAACAAAUGAUUUAACUUUCAACAUUUUAUGUUUUUAUUGAGAUAAAAUGUUUCAUUUACUGAACUGGUUUAGCUAGUGGAUGAUGAUGAUUGAUUACUUGUAUAGCGUUGGUGUCCAUGCUAUUCUAAAUUCUAGCAUGGUUGAAGCGUUCUGAUAUAAAAUCUAUUAAAAGAAAAUGUCUUUUUCUACUUAAUUUUAAAAAUGAUCCUUGUGAUGAUUCUUGAUUCGAAGUGGCUAUCUUUAACUAUUACUAUCUUUAAUAUCUUAUUCUUAACUCUCUAUUCGCCGACUAUUCGGACUCUGAGAAGAGUGAUAAGUUGGUUUUAUUUUAAAAAAAUAUUUGAGAUGUUAUUGUUAGGUUUGUAAGACAAAAUGUGGUAUCAAAUGAAAGGUAAUUGAAUAGACUAAUAGACUAUAUGUUUGUAAACGUACUUCUUCAGUUUAACUAAAACUAAAAUGGGGCCGUCUAUAAAGUACGUCUCGCUCAAAAGGUGGGGUACUUAUAGCUGCAGCCUUAAUCUUUAUUAAUCUUUGUCUUUCUCAUUUUAAAAUUUUCCUGCCUUAAAGACUGAGGCAAACUGUUCCAUAAUUUAGAUGAUAUUGCUUCAAAGGAUAAGCAAGGUUUAAAUAUUGCUGGUAUAUUAUGCUAAUACUAAUACAUCUAUAUAGUAUUAUAGCCUAAUAAUAUAUUUUAUGUUUAGAUUAGAACAUCCCCCUCAAGAGUUUCAACUUCAAUUCAAUUCAUCCAACUGCAAAUGCCAACUUCUCCAUAUACAUCCCUUUCCUUCAUCUUGUUUAGGGAAUGGCAACAUUGAUAAAUACCAGAGCUUAGUUUAUUUUGUAUUUUCAGCUGGUUGCCAUUGUCAUUAGUAAUAAGUGUGGCAUUAAGGGAUAUAACUUUUUUUAACACCUAUUAACAUCACAUUCCAAAAAAAUUCUAUUGUUAGAGCCUGCACUUAACAGGCAUAAGUAAAUAGGAAUCUGCGUUGCAUUGUGAUUAAGUAUUUAUCCAUUUAAAGACACAGCAAUGACUAAACGACAAAAUCCUGUCCCUAAAUCUACUAAAGGCUGCACCAGUGGAUAGGUCGCACCCUUAGUUUAAGCUGGCCAAAGUGGGUAUUUUUCGUUGACCCACAAAUAGGUCCCAACAUUAAUUUUGGAAGUUGCAUGGCCCUUUUCUAAUGUAAAUAUAACAAAUAAUUUUUAAACCAACAUUACAAAGUGUUUCCAUAGCAACUUGAAAACUGAAAAUCUAUUGUCAUAAACUACUGGAUCUUUAGUAAAAAUAUUUAAAAUGGAUUGCCUUUUUUGAUUUUUUGUAUAAAUGAAUAUCCCACAAUAACAGUAAGCAAAAUUGAUGGAGAGCGAAUAAGUUGCACCCUAAUUUAAAAAAAAAAGUUUGACUUGUAAGUACAGUAAAUUAAUUUUUAUGAAGGCAAUCUAAUCAAAAUAUUUGAUGGUUUCUUUAUCUUAAUUUCUUCUUAAGUCUAAGAAGAGAGGUCUUAGCCUGGAGGAAAAGAGAACUCGCAUGACUGAGUUUUUCUAUGAAAAGGUAAGACUUGUGUUAUUAUAUAACCAUAUGAAUAAACUUUUAUUUUUGUAUGACUUCUUUUGGAUUUUUUUUUUUUACUGGAAUAUGUAAUCAGCCCUAUUACAUCAUUAUUUAGAAUACCUUUAGAAUUAUGACUUAAUUUUUUAAAAAAACAUUUUCAGUUUAAACUUAAUAACCAUUUGUUCUUUAAUGUUUUUUUUUGUCCAUAUGUUAGUGAGGAGCCACGGCUACACAUUUUAAUAAAAUAUCUUGUUUUCAGCAAGACUUCUUUCAAUUAAAGGACCUGGAAAAGCUGUGCUCCAAGGAAAAAGGUAUAACUAGCAUGUCAGUGAAAGAUGUUGUACAGAGCCUCGUGGACGAUGGGAUAGUAGACACAGACAAAAUCGGGACAUCCAUCUACUUUUGGGCUUUUCCAAGUAAAGCCAGCCAAAAUGUAAGUAUUCAUCAAUUUAAAAAUAGGUUAUCUUAGCCUUGCCGAUACAGAAUCCUACAUUUUCUGCACUGUAUUUCAGGCAGACAUCUCCUACAGUUGUUAGUAUCGAAUUAAUUAUCUGAUUGAGAAUGUUUUAGCUCACUGUAACUAUAAAAGCCCAAACUGUUACCUAACUAGGUUAAACAUAUAUUCUGCCCACAGAGAAAAAGAAAACUGGAAGAGCUUGAGGGUAAAGAGAAAAGUCUUUUGUCAAAAAAAGAACAGCUACUGUCAGCUCUUGAACAAGCUAAAAUUGGAAAGGAGGAUUCAGUACGUUGAUUUUCUAGACUAAAUUUAUCUCUAUUUGAGACUUUUUAUUUUUUCUUUGGUUAAAUAUUCCUCAAUAAUGUUUAAGCUUUCUUAAAAGAUGGAUGGCUUUUUUAUAUUUCAGACUUAAAGUUCAACCAAUGUAACAAUAAAAAUUAUUCACGUUUAAAAUAUCCUAACAUUUCAUGUAGAGUGGAGUAAACCCUAUACAGCUUAUUUAAUUCUAAGGAAGAAAGAAAAGAUGUACUGGAGGAGCUUAGCAAGAGACAAGCAGAGAAGAGCUCUAUUCUUUCUGAGCUAGAAAAGUACAAGGAGUCUGACCCUGAGGUCAUAAAGAAACAGAAACAUGAAGCAGAACAAGCAAAGGAGGCAGCCAACAGAUGGACAGGUAGAUCACUGUUGCUUAGAUAACAUAGUCACUGUUGCUUAGAUAACAUAGUCACUGUUGCUUAGAUAACAUAGACACUGUUGCUUAGAUAACAUAGACACUGUUGCUUAGAUAACAUAGUCACUGUUGCUUAGAUAACAUUGUCACUGUUGCUUAGAUAACAUAGAUUACUGUUGCUUAGAUAACAUAGUCACUGUUGCUUAGAUAACAUAGUCACUGUUGCUUAGAUAAGAUAGAUUACUGUUGCUUAAAUAACACUAAGUCAUUUAUGAAUUUUUUUCAAAGCUACCUCUUUGCUUUUGAAUUGUUUCAUAUAUUGAUUUUGGAGAUGUACGAGAAAGAUACAAUUUUUAACUCUUACAUUCACACUGAACUGGUGAAAAUAUUUUUUUUCAAUUUACAUACAUUCUCCUUUUAUCUUUCACAGAUAAUAUAUUUUCCACUAAAUCCUGGAUAAGAAAUAAGUUUUCCUUUGAAGAAAGCAUAAUCAACAAACAGUUUGGCAUACCCAGUGACUUUGACUAUGUUGAAUAAAUAGUGCAGAUUAUCUGAACUUAUUGUUCUCUGUUAGUAGUCUGGUGAAAUGUAUAUAUUUUCCAUCCUCGGGACAAUUCCAAAUGCUUUGAAGAUCCCAGCUUAAAAGUUAUUCUUUGUUGCGGGGAUCAGCAGCCAAAAACCAGGUAGUAGACAUUUUAACACAGCAGGCUGAGAGUCAAGCGUACCUAAGUGGUUGGGUGGUCUUCUUCAUUUGUCAAUAGGGAAAAAAGAUUGAGGGGGCAGCAAAUGUUUCUUUAUUCCUAUGGGGAUUUAACAUUUAAGACAACAAAAACAUCCAAUAAGACACUUCAUUUCCUCUUAAUUGUGCACACAAUGUGAUGGAAGUGUUGCUUUGACAACUUAUUACAAACAUAAUGAGACACAAGUCAGAGAUGUCAAGUCUUAGCCUUACACAGAUAAAUAAAGUGUGGUUGUUUGCCAAUCUAGCGGACCCCAACCAGCAACAAACGGAUCAAGUUUAUUCCUUUCCUCAGUGAAGGCGGUCAGUAAUAAAUGAAACAUUUUGAUCUGAUUAUGUAUUAUUUCUCUGUGAACAUUAUUGUUAGGGCAUUAAUAAAUUUUAGGGCAUUAAUAAAUUUUAGGGCAUUCAUAAAUUUUAGGGCAUUAAUGAUUUUGGGCAUAAUUUUCAAUAAAUAAUGAAAGGAGAAAAAAAAGUGUUUUUAGAAGUAGAAAAGCGUUGCCGAAUAUAAGAUUAAGCAUUACUUAGUGCUUAAGCCUCUAUUGGUUUAAUAAAAAUGUGUACAUAUUGUGUGUCAAGUAAUCAUACAUUGUAAAGAGACACUAUGUGUCAUUUUGAAGACAGAAAAUGUGCCAACUUAAUCCUAAAAAGAUUUGAUUGGCAUUGCUCUCCUGUAAAUAUUGUUGACAUUAAUUGUUUUUUUUUGCAUUGUUAUGUUAAUGAAAAUAAAAUAAAUUUGACUU